GCCCGCUCUUACCUAGCGUUUUUCACAGUUGCUGCCACAUAAGGACCUAUGGUUGGCACCUAAGUGGUGUUCACUCGCCCGCUCUUAUUACGGGAAGAACGGCUUACUCACCAGCCAUAAGGGCUGUUUGCUUCGUCCCGACUCGCGAUUCACGUCCCGACAACUUGUCCAAAGCUUCUAGUCCAGCGACCUUUGUGCGUCCCUCAAACGAGUCGUGCCCCUCAAACGAGUCGUGCCCCUCAAACGAGUCGUGCCCCUCAAACGAGUCGUGCCCCUCAAACGUGUCGUGCCCCUCAAACGAGUCGUUUCUCCUAGUACUCAAGUAGCCUGCACUCAGCAGCAGUCCGGACUACUACGCCGUUCCUUUACCGUCGAUCGGAUCGCACGUGACUCCUAAUAUUUCCGGUUAACAGCAGCGAACGCGUCGAGCUGUCGAUCUCGUGCCAUACCGCCUCGUUCCGCGCGUCUCGCAGCAGCCAAUUCAGAACCGUCGCAUGGCGUCCCGGUUAUCUGUAAACCGGCCACCAACGCCGGAGCCAGAGGUUCGAGAGAGAAGAGACGAGCCCAUGUCGCUACGAGAGGUGGUGGAUGCAAAGCUGUUGGAGAGCGGGGAGAAGGAGAGGCUGAAGACUCUGCUGAGAGACAGACUAGAGGAGUGUGGUUGGAGCGACGACCUUCUCGUCUAUGCCAGGGCAUAUGUGAGCAAGGUUGGACGUGAUAACAUCUCACUGGAUGAGCUCAUACGGGCGAUCACUCCGAAGGGCAGAGCAUCGGUGCCAGGACCAGUGAAGGCGGAGUUGCUUCAACGCAUUCAGUCCUUCCUCACUGCAAAGUGACUCACUAACUACAACAACUUUCCAAACAUGGGUUGAAAUAUUAGGUCUAUUUUGUAAUAAGUGCAUGGCAAUGUCAGGGUUGGCUUGGCUUGGCUCCCUUGCUAACACACAAGAAAAUGCUAAGAUUUUUCUCGGUCUUCUGUGGAAUUCUGGAAGAUCGAGCAAGAUCAGCUAGCUAUUGUCAAACAUAUUUGUAUAUUUUAUAACAGGCUAGAUAGGUGCAUGCUCUUAGAGGGUAUAACCACUUAAACAAAAUCAACGUGUAUGU